AUGAAGGAACUCUUUCGAGAUACCGUUGCAGGGCAACUCCUACGCUUGGUGACCAGAGACAGAAUACUCCCAUAUCCCGAAGAAAUCGAUCCAUCAAUAUGCCAAAAAUAUAUCAAUGCCGAGAAGUCCGAAAACAUGGCUCGCGUAGGGAGCACGAACUUACCACCGCCACCACCCAAGGAGGAGGAAGAAAAGACUGAAGAACAAUCCCCGUCAAGUGAAAGCAGACAUCCUUCCACCAACUCGUCCACAACCAACGUCUCCGACACUAACAACCACGGAACCAAUACGGCCAGCAACACCAAAGUCGACCCUGAGAAAGGCCGCGACGCACACAUUGUUGACUGGUACGGACCGACCGACCCGGACAACCCGCAAAACUGGGGUGUCGUGAAGAAAGUCUGGGUGACAUUCGAGAUCUGCCUACUCACCUUCUCCGUCUACAUCGGCUCGGCGAUCUACACGGCAGGCAUCCUCGAUGUCAGCGAGACAUUCGGUGUCAGCCGCGUCGCAGCCACACUCGGCCUGACGCUGUUCGUGCUGGGCUACGGUGUCGGUCCCAUGCUGUGGUCUCCGCUAUCGGAAAUUCCUCAGAUCGGCCGUGGUCCCAUCUACAUCGGAACCCUCGCACUCUUCGUCAUCCUGCAAGUCCCAACAGCCCUCGCGACCAACUUCGGUAUGCUCCUGGCCUUCCGCUUCAUCACGGGCUUCGUCGGCUCACCGUCGCUCGCCACCGGUGGCGCCUCCAUAGGUGACAUGUACACGCCCGCGAAGAGAACGUAUGGUAUGGCUGUGUGGGGCGUCGGGGCAGUCUGUGGUCCGGUGCUAGGACCACUCGUCGGAGGAUUCGCGGUCGAGGCACGCGGAUGGACGUGGACGAUCUGGGAGCUAAUGUGGCUGUCGGGCUUCACACUCGUGCUCAUCACACUAUUCAUGCCAGAAACCUCAUCCGCCAACAUCCUCUACCGGCGCACGCAACGUCUCCGCAAACUCACCGGCAACGACAAACUCAUCUGCGAGCCCGAGCUCGAAGGCCAGGACAUGACAGGCCGCGAGAUCGCGCAGAUGGUACUGGUGCGCCCGUUCACGCUAUGUUUCACAGAGCCGAUGGUCUCCCUGCUCAACCUGUACAUCGCGCUGAUCUACGGCCUACUAUACAUCUGGUUCGAGAGCUUCCCGAUCGUGUUCACCGAGAUCUACCACUUCAGCUUAGGGCUCGAAGGCACGGCGUUUGUGGGCAUUCUGGUCGGCGUCUUCGCCGUGCUACCGCCCUUCAUCUACUACCAGCGCAAGUACAUCGAGCCGAAAUUCAACGACAAGGGCGAACUGCAGCCGGAGUGGCGCCUUCCGCCCUCAUUCGUCGGCGCCUUCGCCAUCCCGCUUUGUCUCUUCUGGUUCGCGUGGACCUCGCGUCCGGAUAUUCACUGGAUCGUGCCCAUCAUCGGCACCGCGUGGUUCAGCAUCGGCGCCUUCUUGCUCUUCAACUCCGUCCUCAAUUACCUGUCGGAUGCGUAUCCCAAGUACGCGGCCAGUGUGCUCGCGGGCAACGAUUUCUUCCGCUCGUCCUUCGGCGCGGGCUUCCCGCUAUUUGCCACGGCCAUGUAUGAGAAGCUCGGUGUUGGGUGGGCCAGCUCGACGCUGGGGUUCAUCUCGAUUGCUUUCAUUCCGAUUCCAUUCAUAUUGUUCAAGUAUGGUGCGAAACUUCGACACAGGAGUAAAUACGCGAUGAAGGAGUUUUAA